CUGCCGCUCGACCACGGGCACAUCCUGCUCACCUCGUUCAACUCGUUCCUCACCGUCGCCAUCCACAACAUCCUCUACUACCGCGACAUCUACCCGCGCUCCACCUUCCUCUCCACGAAAGCCUACAACCUCCCGGUGCACCAGAACCGCCACCCCAAAGUCUGCGCCUGGAUCCGCGACGCCGUCGACGCUGUCGCAGCCCAGCUCUCGACCGGCCACGUCUCGCGCAUCGCCAUCGUGAUCCACACCCCGCCAGACACCCACCUUCCCUACCCCAAACCACACAACCUCCCCUCCCGGGGAGAAGAAGACCAAGCACAAGAAGAAGACGAACCCUUCAUCAAACCCGGCACCGUCCUCGAGCGCUGGCUGAUCGACACCUCGCGCUUCCCCGCCUGGCCCACCCCCACCACCACCACCACGGCCAACCCCCCAUCCGCAGCCGCCACCUCCAAAGCAAUGCAGGACUUCUCGCGGGUGCUCGCGCGCGACGCCCGCUCCGAAGACACGCGCGAGCGGCAUCUCGCGCCGCCGCCUGCCGAUGCCUCGGCCCAGGCCCAGGCCCAGGCCCUGCGCUGGCCCGACCUGGACGAGCAGCUGCGCGGCGCGCUGCGGCGGAUGGCGGCCACGGCCGAGGCGAUGGAUGGCGGGGAGGAGCACCGGUGUACGUUUAGUGUGGCCGUGGAGUUGGAUGAGGAGGGGAGGGCGCCGAUUGGGCAUCCGCAGGCUUGGAUCCCGUCGGAGCCGAACUUGCAGCCUGCGAGUCGGAGGGGGAGGCCGGUUGCGGGGGAAGAUAUCGGCGGGGUACGGACGCGGCCGAUCCGCGCAGUCGAGGCGGGGCCCUUGUUCUUUGAGUGCUGGGUUGAGGAAAGCCGGGCGAAGGAGGUGUUGAGGAAG